AUGUGCAUGCCACUUGUUUCACCUGCGUCAGGAGUUAUACAUUUCAAAAUGUCUGAAGGACAAGCCAUACAGGCUGGUGAACUUAUAGCCAAGCUUGACCUUGAUGAUCCUUCUGCUGUAAGAAAGGCCGAACCCUUCCAUGGAAGUUUCCCAAGAUUAGGGCUUCCAACAGCAAUUUCUGGUAAAGUUCACCAGAGAUGUGCUGCAACUUUAAAUGCUUCUCGCAUGAUUCUUGCUGGCUAUGAGCACAACGUAGACGAGGUUGUUCAAGACUUGCUUAAUUGCCUUGAUAGUCCUGAACUCCCAUUCCUUCAGUGGCAAGAGUGCUUUGCAGUUCUGGCAACACGACUACCUAAAGACCUCAGGAACAAGCUAGAAUCAAAGUAUAGGGAAUUUGAGAGUAUCUCCAGAAACUCGCUGACCGCAGAUUUCCCUGCCAAACUUUUAAAAGGCAUUCUUGAGGCUUAUUUAUCAUCUUAUGAUGAGAAAGAGAGAGGCGCCAUCGAAAGGCUAAUAGAACCACUGAUGAGCCUUGCGAAGUCUUACGAAGGUGGUAGAGAAAGUCAUACCCGUGCUAUUGUUCAUUCCCUCUUUGAAGAAUAUCUAUCAGUAGAAGAAUUAUUCAACAAUCACAUGCAGGCUGAUGUUAUUGAACACAUGCGUCAGAAUUACAAGAAAGAUCUGCUGAAGAUUGUGGAUAUAGUGCUCUCACAUCAGGGCAUAGAUAACAAAAACAAACUCAUUCUCCGGCUCAUGGAGCAUUUUGUUUACCCUAAUCCUGCUGCAUACAGAGAUAAACUGAUCCGAUUCUCGACACUUAACCAUACUAAUUACUCUGAGUUGGCACUCAAGGCGAGUCAAUUGCUUGAACAGACCAAACUAAGUGAACUGCGUUCAAACAUUGUUAGAAGCCUGUCAGAGUUAGAAAUGCUUACAGAGGAUGAGGAAUAUAUGGAUACCCCCAAGAGGAAGAGUGCCAUUAAUGAAAGGAUGGAAGAUCUUGUGAGUGCAUCUCUAGCUGUUGAAGAUGCUCUCGUGGGACUAUUUGAGCACAGCGAUCACACACUUCAAAGACGGGUUGUUGAAACUUAUAUUCGAAGACUAUACCAGCCCUACAUCGUUAAAGAAAGCGUGAGGAUGCAGUGGCAUCGUUCUGGUCUUAUUGCUUCCUGGGAGUUCCUAGAGGAGCAUAUGGAAAGAAAAAACUAUGGCUCAGACGAUCAAGAGACAUCUGAAAAUGUAUUUGUUGAAAAGCGUAGGAAGAAAAAACGGGGGACUAUGGUUAUAAUCAAAUCGCUGCAGUUUCUACCGAGUAUAAUAAAUACAGCACUGGCAGAAAUAGAGCACAACCACUAUGAAUCUGCAGAAGAUCCUAUAUCUGGCAAUAUUAUGCACAUUGCUAUUGUGGGCAACAACAAUCAUACGAGUCUGCUUCAGGACUGUGAAAAUGAAGACCAAGCUCAGGAAAGAGUAAACAAGCUGGCAAAAAUUCUUACAGAGGAAGAAGUGAGUUCGAGCCUCCGUUCUGCUGGUGUAGGUGUGAUAAGUUGUAUAAUCCAGCAAGAUGAAGGACAAACGCCCAUGAGACAUUCUUUCUAUUGGUCGAUGGAGAAACAGUAUUAUGCAGAAGAGCCGUUGAUGCGUCAUCUUGAGCCUCCUCUGUCCACAUACCUUGAGUUGGAUAAGCUGAAAGGAUACUCAAAUAUACAGUAUACACCUUCACGAAAUCGUCAAUGGCAUCUGUAUACCGUUACAGACAAGCCAGUGCCAAUCAAGAGGAUGUUCUUGAGAUCUCUUGUUCGACAGGCUACAAUGAACGAUGGCUUUAUGUUGCAGCAAAUGCAGGAUAAGCAAUUAAGCCAAACACUGUCCUCCAUGCCAUUUACAUCGAAAUGUAUUAUUAGUUCUUUGAUGGAUGCCAUGGAGGAACUGGAACUGAAUGCCCAUAAUGCUGCCAUGAAACCAGACCACGCACAUAUGUUCCUUUCCAUACUGCGUGAGCAGCAGAUAGAUGAUCUUGUGGCUUACCCCAGGAGAGCUGAAGUGAAUGCGGAGGAUCAAGAAACUACUGUGGAGAUGAUCUUAGACAAUGCAGCACGAGAGAUACACAAAUCUGUCGGAGUGAGAAUGCAUAGAUUGGGUGUGUGCGAGUGGGAAGUGCGGCUGCGGUUGGUGUCUUCUGGACUGGAAAGUGCUUGGAGGGUUGUGGUUGCAAACGUGACAGGCCGUACAUGCACUGUCCAUAUAUACCGAGAAGUUGAAGCUACUGGGAGAAACAGUUUAAUUUAUCACUCGAUAACCAAGAAAGGACCUUUGCAUGGAACUUCAAUCAAUGAUCAAUAUAAGCCACUGGGAUAUCUUGACAGGCAACGGCUAGCCGCAAGGAGGAGUAACACUACUUAUUGCUAUGACUUCCCUUUGGCAUUUGAGACAGCCUUGGAGCAUUUGUGGGAAUCCCAACACCCGGGAGUUAAGAAACCAUGUAAGAAUACUCUUAUCAGUGUUAAAGAGCUUGUAUUCUCCAAUCCAGAAAGUUCUUGUACAUCUCUUGUUACUGUUGAAAGACCCCCCGGUUUCAACGAGUUUGGAAUGGUGGCUUGGUGCCUAGAGAUGGCAACUCCUGAGUUUCCUAUGGGACGAAAACUUCUAAUAGUUUCCAAUGAUGUCACCUUCAAAGCUGGUUCUUUUGGUCCAAGAGAGGAUGCGUUUUUCCAUGCUGUGACUGAACUCGCUUGUGCCAAGAAGCUUCCAUUGAUUUACUUGGCAGCAAAUUCUGGUGCUCGGCUCGGUGUAGCUGAAGAAGUCAAAGCCUGCUUUAAAGUUGGAUGGUCAGAUGAAGUUUCCCCCGAGAAAGGUUUUCAGUAUAUGUACCUAAGCCCUGAAGACCAUGCAAGGAUUGGAUCAUCUGUCAUUUCGCACGAAAUAAAGCUCCCUAGUGGGGAAACAAGGUGGGUGAUUGAUACGAUCGUUGGUAAAGAAGAUGGUCUUGGCGUAGAGAACUUAACAGGGAGUGGGGCAAUAGCGGGUGCAUACUCAAAGGCGUACAAUGAAACUUUUACAUUGACCUUUGUUAGCGGAAGAACGGUAGGAAUUGGUGCUUACCUUGCCCGCUUGGGUAUGCGGUGCAUACAGAGACUAGACCAGCCGAUCAUCUUGACUGGCUUUUCUACGCUCAACAAGUUACUUGGGCGUGAGGUCUAUAGCUCUCACAUGCAACUUGGUGGCCCGAAAAUCAUGGGCACAAAUGGUGUUGUUCAUCUCACAGUCUCAGAUGAUCUCGAGGGCGUAUCAGCGAUUCUCAACUGGCUGAGCUACAUUCCUGCUUACGUGGGUGGUCCUCUUCCUGUCCUUGCCCCUCUAGAUCCUCCAGAGAGAACUGUAGAGUAUGUCCCAGAGAACUCUUGCGACCCACGAGCUGCUAUAGCUGGGGUGAACGACAAUACCGGUAAAUGGCUUGGUGGUAUCUUUGAUAAAAGUAGCUUUAUUGAGACUCUUGAAGGUUGGGCAAGGACGGUAGUGACUGGUAGAGCUAAGCUCGGUGGAAUACCUGUUGGAGUUGUCGCAGUUGAGACACAGACUGUAAUGCAAAUGAUUCCAGCUGAUCCAGGACAGCUCGACUCUCAUGAAAGAGUGGUUCCACAAGCAGGACAAGUCUGGUUUCCUGACUCUGCGGCCAAGACAGCUCAAGCGCUCAUGGAUUUCAACAAGGAAGGGCUUCCAUUGUUUAUCCUUGCGAACUGGAGAGGGUUUUCAGGUGGGCAGAGAGAUCUCUUCGAAGGAAUACUUCAAGCUGGUUCAGCUAUAGUAGAAAAUCUGAGAAGAUAUGGGCAACCAGUGUUUGUGUACAUCCCCAAGAUGGGAGAGUUGCGUGGUGGAGCGUGGGUUGUUGUUGAUAGCCAGAUAAACUCGGAUCAUGUUGAGAUGUAUGCUGAUGAAACUGCUCACGGUAACGUGCUUGAGCCACAAGGGAUGAUAGAGAUAAAAUUUAGAAAGAGAGAGAUGUUAGAGUGCAUGGGAAGGUUAGACCUGAAGCUAAUAAGCCUCAAAGCAAAACUGCAAGAUGCCAAGCAAAGCAAAGCUUAUGCAAACAUGGAGCUUCUCCAGCAACAGAUCAAAGCCAGGAAGAAGCAGCUUUUACCAGUUUAUACCCAGAUCGCCACCAAAUUUGCGGAACUUCAUGACACUUCAAUGAGAAUGGCUGCAAAGGGAGUGAUCAAAAGUGUUGUGGAAUGGAGCGGCUCGCGGUCCUUCUUCUACAAGAAGCUUAACCGAAGACUCGCUGAGAGCUCUCUGGUGAAAACCGUAAGAAAAGCUUCUGGUGACGACUUAUCAUACAAGUCUGCAGUGGCUUUGAUUCAGGAUUGGUUCUGCAAAUCCGAUAUUGCAAAAGGGAAAGAAGAUGCAUGGACAGACGACCAAGUCUUCUUGACAUGGAAGGAUGAUGUUAGUAACUACGAGUCGGAGCUGAGCGAGUUAAGAGCGCAGAAAUUGCUGAAUCAACUCGCAGAGAUUGGGGAUUCGUCUGAUCUGCGGGCUCUGCCACAAGGACUUGCUAAUCUUCUAAACAAGGUGGAGAUUUCAAGAAGAGAAGAGCUGGUGGAUGCGCUUCGGAAGGUGCUGGGAUAA